AUGACCAGGAUAUACACACGUCCUGAAAUCCUCCUUCUGAUCUUCUUGGCAGGCGCAGUGAAGCUUGACGGAGUCAAGACAUUUCGGUGGCUGAAAGGGAAGGCCAGUGCCUUGUGCUGGCAGUUUGUCUCUCAGCGCUCAGCCGCUUGGAGACGUAUCCUGACGCUUCUCAGAGUCAAAUUGGAAGCUAUAAGAGCAGGGACGGUUCGUGAAGCCACCGUGGAACUCUAUGGCUUUGUGCAAUGGUUUCCCUGCGAGCAACAGACCAGCCACGAUCAUGAUGGACAGGCGCGAAAUGCUUGGUGCAAACGUGUCGUUCUCGUUGUGACAGUAAAGUCGGGCAGAUCCUACAAGGCAAUCAAGGAUGCCAUAGGGAUUGAAAGCGACUCUCCCUGGAAUUACCGGAACAGAAACCAGACUGGGUCACUUCCAGAACCACCCGGAUUCAUGCGUCAUUUUGCCGUUUGUUUGGUGCCAGAGGCGGUUUGGAUGGAUGGAACAACGGACCUGCUGCAGAAAUUCCAACGUGGAUCAUUCUUCGAGCUCGUCGGCCCCAAUAUAACUGACGAGGAAGGUGGAGGCGUCUGCUUGGGAGAGGAGAAGAUUCGGAGCAUAGAUGGGAUCGUUGAGAUCGGGUUGGUCACUUACGACAACGAAGCAAUAACCGAGUCGUUCUAUAAACCCCUGCGAACAGCAUGGGGAAGAUAUGACUCGAUCUGGUGGAACUGUUCCGACUUCACCAUCCGCCUUGCAUGUAUGAUUCUGCCAGACCCUGAGGAAAAGGACAUCCUGCGACGACUGCUGCUUUUUGUGUGCGUGUCUCGCCUACAGACCCUCGAGUUUGCCAUUGAACAAUUUCAUGGGAGAAUAUUCCUGUCAAGCUGGACUGCUGGCGUGGCAUCAUGGGUUGGCGGGGCUGGAUCUGCUCUCUUAGUGGGAGCGUUCCCUGCCGUAUUCCCAAUUGCGUUCUUGGGGUCCUGUGCUUUUGGUAUGGGAUCUGGGAUUGCGGGGAUGUGGCGCGCUAGUCGCGUUGGUACCAAAGAAUAUCCUGAAUGGAAAGCACGGUCAAAUGAGUUGGAGCAGCGGUUUCCCCAGCUUCGGGGGUUGGUUGGGGAGUGAUUGACUUACAGUUUUCCCUGCUGAUAACCGCUCCGUAGGAAAUAGGAGGUAUGGAGCCAAAGGGAAAGGAAAAGGUAUAGAAUGCUAGCAGACUGCAACAAUGUAC